CGGAUGCUUAACGGUAAAAAGCGUAAACGCGUCAUAGUGAAAAGUUGCAAGCAAAAAAGAAAAAAAAAAUAACAAGAAAAGAAAAUCUAUUGAACAUUUGCAAGCAGCUAACAAAAGAAACGAAAAGCAAAAGUAUAAGAAAAAAUUAGGAAUAUUAAGUGUUAAAAAUUAUCAAAUAUUGCUAUGUGAAAAAAGUUGCUUUAUGCAGUGCAAAAUGCUAAAAUGAGCUAAAGUACAUCAACGCGAAGGAAAAUAAUUUUCAUACGCACACACUCACAAUUUCACACACAUAUCAAUAUAAAUUUGCAAAUUGCGAGUGUACGGAAAAAAGCAGGAAAAAGGCGUUUCUAUACCAGCGACGGCAAAAGAAGUAGUUGAAUAAAGACACACAAAAAAAAAAAAGAAGCCAGCUAACAAAAAGUGAACGUAAAAAAUCAGCAAAUAAAGUACCCAGUGAAAAAAGGGCAGCUACCAAUAUUUUACUUGACUACCAUACAUACACGCGCACAAGUCAACUCACGUACAUACACACAAGCUUACAAAUGCGCACAAACGCCUAAAAACGUCUGUGAAUAUACGCAAAAACAAAAAAAAAAACACAAAAUAAAAAAACCUACUUCAAAAAGUGAGCACCGCCAGCCUUUGAGCCAAGAAUAGCAGCACAGAAUUAGAAAAUCGUGUUUUUUAUGAAUAUCACGAAAAGGCAUCAAUCGAGCAAUGCACAAAUGACGCAAAUAAAUAUCUCGAAAUUCUCAACUAAACAAAAAUCAACAGCCAAACAAAUUUAAUGAACUGUCCAAAGCCUGGCAAAGUGAAAAUUAGACAAGCACAAAGCAUUUAAUUACCAUUGAGAUAAAAUAAAAAACAAAAUAAUAAAAGAGAUAAUAACAAAAAUCAACAAGAAUUGCAAAAGAAAGCCAUUCAGCCAAAGUCUUCGCCGAAAUUUAUUGAGACAUUUGCGAUAUUCAGAUUAUAUUCUAAUAAUGACUAAAAUCGAAACGAACAAACAACGUCAAUAAUUCUAAUUGACAACCGGAAUCGACAGAAAGCAACAAAAUAUUUCUACUAAUUCAAUACAAAAGCAAAGUCGGCUCGAAAGGCAAUAUGCAAGUAUAAAGGGAGAAAGUGAGCGAGCGAGAGAGCGAGAAAUUGUAUAGUAACUGAAAGAUAUCUGCAGCGUCGAAAGCUUUUAAUUAAGCCACGGAACUCAUAAAGAACACCCACAUUAGCUGAUAAAAAAGGAGAGAAAACCACGUCUACGCAUCUACAAACAUCCACACGCACACAGAAACAAUAAUCGCCAGAUCGUUCAAAUCAUGGGCACCGGUCAUUACUUUUGGGUGAUAUUUUACUUUGCCAGUUUAUGUAGCGCAUCACUAGCUAAUAAUGCCAAAAUAAAUUUCCGAGAAAAGGAGAAAAAAGUCUUAGACCAAAUUUUAGGUGCAGGAAAAUAUGAUGCCAGAAUACGUCCAUCCGGAAUUAACGGCACGGAUGGCCCCGCUAUAGUCAGAAUCAAUCUUUUCGUACGAAGUAUAAUGACGAUUAGUGACAUAAAAAUGGAAUACAGCGUGCAGUUGACCUUCCGCGAGCAGUGGACAGACGAGCGGCUGAAAUUCGAUGACAUACAAGGUCGUCUGAAGUAUCUAACGUUGACUGAAGCGAAUCGUGUGUGGAUGCCCGAUUUGUUCUUCUCAAACGAAAAAGAGGGCCAUUUCCAUAAUAUAAUCAUGCCUAACGUUUACAUUCGCAUAUUUCCCAAUGGCUCCGUGUUAUAUAGUAUUCGUAUCUCAUUGACUCUGGCAUGUCCCAUGAACCUGAAAUUGUAUCCAUUGGAUCGACAAAUAUGCUCGCUGCGCAUGGCUAGUUAUGGCUGGACAACAAACGAUCUGGUCUUCCUGUGGAAGGAGGGUGAUCCCGUGCAAGUGGUUAAAAACUUACACCUACCUCGCUUUACACUUGAAAAAUUCUUGACUGAUUACUGUAACAGUAAAACCAAUACGGGUGAAUACAGUUGCCUCAAAGUCGAUCUACUAUUCAAGCGAGAAUUCUCAUAUUACUUAAUCCAAAUUUAUAUCCCAUGCUGUAUGUUGGUCAUUGUCUCAUGGGUGUCAUUCUGGCUUGAUCAAGGCGCCGUACCAGCACGUGUGUCAUUGGGUGUCACCACCCUGCUCACCAUGGCAACACAAACGUCUGGCAUAAAUGCCUCACUGCCGCCAGUCUCCUACACAAAGGCGAUCGACGUUUGGACUGGCGUCUGUUUGACAUUCGUCUUUGGAGCGUUGCUCGAAUUCGCGCUGGUGAACUAUGCCUCCCGUUCAGACAUGCAUAAGGAGAAUAUGAAAAAGAAACGUCGCGAUUUGGAGCAGGCCAGCUUAGAUGCUGCUUCAGAUCUGCUCGACACAGACAGUAAUGCAACAUUCGCAAUGAAGCCGCUAGUGCGUCAUCCCGGCGAUCCGAUGGCCCUGGAGAAGUUGCGUCAGUGCGAGGUGCAUAUGCAGGCGCCCAAACGUCCAAACUGCUGUAAGACAUGGCUGUCAAAGUUUCCUACAAGACAAUGUUCUAGAUCGAAGAGGAUCGAUGUUAUAUCACGAAUAACGUUCCCGCUAGUAUUUGCGUUAUUCAAUCUGGUCUACUGGAGCACUUAUCUCUUCAGGGAAGAAGAGGAUGAGACCUUCUAAAGGCGAUCUGAUUGUGAUGUUGAAAUCUAUGAAAACACAGUGCAGAAAACUAGGAAUAAGCAGCUAUGUAGAAUCCAAAAAUCAAAAGCAAAAAGAAAACAAUAAAGAAAAAAUAAAAAUAAAUAAAAUAAAAAGCAUUACGCGCGAAAAUCAAAUUUUAAAGAGGCAAACAAUUGCAUACAAAUAAACACAAACGUCGAAAAAGGUGCGUUAAAAUCGGUAACAGCGAGAACGUUAGCUACAACAAUAAUACAAUUAGUAAAGUAACUUAAAAUAAGUAAGAAAAAGAAAAAAAAUUAACUAAAAAAAUCAAUUAAAUAAAAAAAAAUAGAUAAUUAAAUUAAUUAUUAAAAUAGGUUAUAUGUUAUGAGUGUGCGAAUGAGGCAAACAGUUAGAAAAUUCAUAGCAAGAAAAGUUUAAAAACAUGAAGUCACACACACCAACAUGCCAUGUCAUGUACACACAAACUAGCGGUUAAUACAUGCAGACAGAGGUUUAUGAUUUUUAUAAUACAAUAAAUGUCAUCAUUUGUAGGCUAAAUCAAUGUUUGUACUAUGCAUACAUACAUAUUUACGCUUAAGAUUAACACUUUUAAGUCGCAAUAAAUUCACAGUUAUUAUUGAUUGUUACGCAUAAGAAAAACAGAUGUAUGAAAAUUACAAAAAAAAAAAAAAAACAAAAUGCACACAAAUUAAAAGCUCAAAAUUGUUAAUUCGAAAUUUUAUAAUUUUAUUGAAAUUAAAGUCAAACACAUUUUAAGUGAAUGCGGAAUGCUGAAUUUAUUAUAUCUUAGACUGUUUCACAAAAACGAGGUCGAAAUGUAGCAAUCGCUUUUGAACAAUUACUGAGAGAAUUGCAAUUUGAGAACAUUUCGGCACCAGAAAAUAUUUCACGUUUUCUGACUUUUUAUAAUUUUUUUAUAACUUAUUUACUUGAAAAGUACUAAUCUGAUAAAAUUAAAGAAAAAAUAGAAUUUAUUUUAAUGAAAUCUCGUAUAAACUAUCUGAUGCGGUUUUCCGUAAAACGUGCAUAACAUUCGAUUUUGAGAUGAUAGUAGAUUAUUUCGAAUAUAUAAAAUAGCUGUGUUAAUACCUUUUUAACGAUAUUUGUUGAAAUGAGAAAUUUUUAAUUACGAAUAACCGCAACUGAGGUGCCGAGCGAAUUUUGUAGACUUUCCAAAAAUACAAUUUACUCUCUCAGCAAGUGCUCAAAUCGAUCUCAAAUUUUUGUCCUACUUUUUGCUGCGGUCCAAUAUAUACAGUUGCCGACAAAACUCUCCGUACGGCCCCUUUUUUCUUAAUUUCUCCCGAUCUAAAGCAUUUAAAAGAAAUGUA